CCUUCCGAGUCACCCCCGACACGUUUGUUCUUCCUCGGGAUUACUGUCAGUUCGUAGACGCCUACACCAAUAACAGAAGCUUGGAUCCUCCGAAAACUAUGUGGAUAUUGAAACCUGUAUCCCUUUCGCGUGGAAGAGGCAUAAGCGUCAUCUCCGAUAUCAGCGAAGUCCAUUACAGGGAGCCCAGCAUCAUCCAGGAGUACAUCGAGAAACCGUUGCUACUAGACGAGUAUAAAUUCGAUCUCCGGGUUUAUGUCCUGGUGAUGAGUUUCAAUCCAUUGGAAGCUUACAUUUACAAGGAAGGUUUCGCUAGGCUCGCUACGGUGAAGUAUUCAUCCAGCCCUUCAAAUUACAGGAAUCGGCUCAUGCAUUUGACGAAUACUAGCGUGCAGAGAAAACAUGCUGGCAGUCUCCC